ACCCGGAUUUAUUUUUCUCUCAAUCGAUUUAUGAAUUUUGAACUUUUACUUACGUCCGUUCUUUUUGUUUUUGGUUAUAGGUCAAUAGUUUUGGGUCCUAUGCUGUAUCAAUUUGCAUUUACACUUCCGGAAUAAACAAAACAAAAAGUUUAAAACUGUAACUUUCUUUUAAAACAUGCUGACAUUUUAGUCUUUUAAACUUUUAAACAUGAAAUAUAUAACUUUUAAUGAAAUCAGAUUAUGACUUCAAUGAUAGAAUAUUUUAAAAUGGGUCGAUUUAGGAAGAUUGUGUUUUUAAUUACAAUUAUAGCAUUUGUUGGAAUUUUUCUUUUAUUUCAAACUGGAAAUAAACAAAACACACGUAAAACCGAUGUAGAGUCUAUGUUUGUUGAAGAAAAAUUUGAUGAAAACGACUUGACUGAAGAAGAAAGAAAGCACAGGAACAUGCUGAAAGCAGGAAAAUUAAAUAUACCAGAACUUGGAUUAAAUUUUAUAGAAAACAUGGAACACAAUAAAAAGAAAGCUACCACAACACCUAAACCACCAUUUAAGCCAGAAUUGAUGUUGAUGAAAAAUCCUCCGAUAUUUCUCACAAAGAAUAUGUCAGAUGGAAUGGUAGAAGAGAAUUUUUUUAAAUACUUAGAAACGAAAGAUGUAAUAUGUAAAAAUGACGAGAGAGUAGGGUUUCAACAUGAUGGUGGAUGGAAUGUUUGUAUGUCUCCUCCAUUUGGAUUUCAUGAACCAUGUAUUGUGUACUCAUUUGGAAUAGGUAAUGAUUGGAGAUUUGACAGAGUAUCAGCCAGAAUAUAUAACUGUACAGUUUAUUCAUUUGAUCCUAGUAUACCAAUACCAACUGAGAAAUUACAUCCCAGAAUACACUUUGCACAAGUUGGAAUUGCAGGGAGAAAUAGUAAAGGAAUAAAAACAUUUUCAACUAUACUGAGAGAACAUGGUCAUUCUGACACCGUGAUUGACUACCUGAAGUUUGACAUUGAAUACAUGGAAUGGGCUGUACUAGAAAAUCUACUGAGAGAGAAGUCAUUUAAGAAUGUAAAACAGAUUGGUUUUGAAAUUCAUACAAAUGAAUUUUAUCAACAUUUUAAGAAGCUCAAAGAUGUAAAAUUCAAUUCAGGAAAAGACGACUUUCUUUAUAUGUACCAUACAAUUAGAAAGUUAGAAGAUUAUAAUUUCCGACAAUUUAAUUAUAGAUUAAACCCUUUUGGAGAGUAUGGUUCUCCUAUCACUAGGAAGAAAAGGUCUUGUUGUUAUGAAUUACAUUUUUUGAAUAUGAAUUUUGUGACACCAAAUUACACAACAACUUUUGUAUAAUUAAGAUGGA